CUAGCCAAAAACAACAAAACCAACCAACCGAAUGGCUUUGGCUGCCUCGUCGCAGCCAGUGCUGCAGGAGGGAUUGACGCAUGUCGAGUUUCUCGGUGUGCCGCCACUGCUUGCUCAGUUCAAGGAAGACCAGAUGUCCUGGCGAAUGGCGCUCUCAAGCGAUGGUCUCUCGCUCGCGCUGCUCUGCGAUGAAGUGCUCGUCAUCAGACACGGGCCGCCGCAUCCCGAGCUGCAAGUCCACGUUGACCAAGACCUCGCGCCGCACCACCGCCUGCUGAGCUGGAGCCAAGACGAUGCGUUCAUUGCCAUUUGCUCGAGUGAUGGCAUCGUCCAGUUGAUCAAUCGGGACGGAAAGCACAUGUACGAGAUUGAUGCUCGCGCUGCGACGGUUGGCAUUCCGCUGCCGAGCGCAAUCGCUCGCUCAGCCGCGACCGUCUCCAAAGGCGGAUUGGGCGGGUGGCGCCGUCUCAUCCAUCCCGCUCGCUCGGCGUCGGUAGUGGCACCAACAAACGCUGACAAUCGUGCAGAUGCCUCUGGUGGCAACGCCAGUUCACCACAAGUCGCCCAAACACGGUUGCUCCAGCCCUUCGCGGCGAUGGCGCUGCUCCCUCGUCGGUCCUUUGCCGACCGGCAGUGGGUGGCUGAGCUCUUGCUGCUUGAUUACGAUGGUCGGCUGUUCAGUUUUCACGUCGGGUCACCUUCGCGGGGCAAAAAGCACGAGCUCGCUAAUGUGUUUGACACCGAGUUUGAAGACGGCGUCGUGACUGCCCUUACUUACAGUGCUUCCAGACAACUGCUCAUUCUCGCCCACGCCGCCAUCGCUCCAUCCAAGUCCGGAACACCGACCAUCCCGUGCCAUUUGCUGUACUUCCGCCUCAUCAACGAGUAUCCAUUCUUUGCUCCAGUGUUUGGUGCCUCUGACUCUGCCGCGACAUCGGAUACAGUGGAUGUUCAUCAGCAUGCACACUUGCAUGCCAAGCGGAGGAGGCGACGCAAGCCGUUGUGGUUCCCUCUUCGGUGGCUUCUCGCGUUUCUUUCCCUCUUGUGGUCCAUUUUUUUCUUCUGGCGAAAGCCCAAAGUCGUCAAUGUACCUCUGCCUGUGCGGUGCUCGAUUGCGCGAUCUGGUCGGCACGCUGCCUUGCUCGAUACAUCGGGCGCAGUGAGCUUAUUUGUGCUUCCACAGACUUCGCCGUUUGCCGUGCUUCACGACGUCGGAGCUGUGACUGGCCAGCUUCAGCAAGUCUGCCCCGCCAAGGUCAUGGUUUCGUCGCCCCACGCUCCUGGCAUGCAGCGUGGCAGCGGAGUGCAUGUUGAGGAGCAUCGAGAUGCCUUCUCCACGCUGCUCAACUUGCAAAGUGGAAAUCUGGACGCCAACUGGUCGUUGAAGCCGCUGGCGGGCGAGCAAGGCGAACAAAACCCCAUCGUCCGUGCAUGUCGAAAUAUCGCAUGGUUGUCAGAGACAACGCUCAUGUGUUCGCUGUGGUCGGGCCACGUCAUCGCACGCGAUGUCUCCCAGCUGCUGGUGGGAAACCCAGCUGGCCAACCAACGCGGGUUUUGGGAACCCUGGCGCUUGCUCGCCCAAACCUUGUCUCCCCAAGCACCCAAGAUCUUCAGGAGGAUGCAACGGCCAUCCUCUCGGCUGACUGUCUUGCGCCCUUUAUCACUCGCGCUGACAGCCGAAGCCAGUUCUAUCUGCUGGCCCGGGAGCAAACCUCGCUGUCCAAUCUUUCAGCCUACUCGGCGCGCAUGAUGGACGAAACACUCCUGUCGACUGCUGAAGGAGGCCCGUGCGUGUGGUUGGAGCAGCCUCUUGCGCAGUACCUGAACGAUCACGGAGGAUCUUCCCGUGCAAAAGUGGUGCUUGCAGGUUCUGCGGCAGCAAAUCCAGCGUUCAAGCGAGCCACACAAACAACCAUCACCCUGAAAGCGGUCAAAUUCAUCACACCGCGAGAGCUGUUCCAGCACUGUCUGGACGCUCGCGACCUCAACACUGCCUUUUCACUGGCCGAUCGAUUUGGCUUUAGUCGAAACCCUGUUUAUCAACGUCAGUGGGAGGCCGUCUCUCCAUCCCAUGAAAGCAUUGACAUGGUGCUUUCGAAAAUUACAGAUCGCGACUGGGUGGUGCAGGAAUGUAUCACCACCAUCCCUCCAACACCUGAAAUUGUGCGCAAGCUGGUCUUGCACGGCAUUCGCCUCCUGUCAGCCCACGGCGAGGAGCAAUCACCACGCUACAAACAGCUGUGUCGAUAUUACUGGCGCCUGGACACGUAUGCCACCGUGUACACUGCCGUCGAACGCUCCUUCAGCGCGGACGAAUUUCGAGAAUUUCGGGACGUUAAUUUGGUGGCGGCCGCGGUGCGCUUUGCCGAGGACAGGCAUUUUGACGUGUUGCGCGCCAUAUUUACCAAUCACCCCGACGAAACUCUGCCUCAUUUGCUUCCGAUUCUGUCCAACGUGGUCGAGUUGAUUAAUCCAAAUCAGUACAAGUGGCUCUUCCCUCGGUGUGUCGAAAGUGGUGCGGAUGGUCGUACGCUCGUGGUCGUGCCACCAACGUUUCCAGCGCGCGCCGGGACGAAAGCUGCUGCUGCUGCUGCUGCUGCUGCUGCUGCUACUUCUCUGGCUCCCAUUGACGAACAAGUCGACGAAGAACUCGCAGCCAGCUUGCCCAACCCCGCGCCUCCUGGUCACCAAGACGAGGUGGCGGGAUUUUACAACGCUUCCAUGUUCAAGGGCAUGGCUCGCUUCUCUGGCAGCCCACCGUCGGUCGAAGCAGUGACAGAGUGGUUUGUGAGGCGCGCGCGCGAGUUUGACGCUCAAACUGGCCUGGCCGAGAAUGCGCUUGCUCUGCUCAGAAUCGCCGCUCGAAAUCGCAUCCCCGGAGUCUACAAGCUCUUGUUCGAUGCAAAGCUCCUGCAGGUCAUGGUGUUUGAGACGUUCUGCGACCCGGGCUUCCAGCUCGGCGAUUUAGAGGUGCUGGGGCAAGAGGAACGCAUGGCCGCCUUAGUCGCCACCCCAUUCGCCCGAUUGCAGGCCGCCGAGUCGGCAUUGGUCCAGCGUCUGCAUGAGCAGCAAAAUGCCCCAAUCCAGCAGGCCCAACUUGCUGUGAUUAGUUCUCAGCGCAUCUUUGUCGAGGCGUUUUGGAAGUGGGUGGUGCCGUAUGCUCGCACGCAGCGGUCCUCGUCCGGUCGCCCCGCUGCCUUCCUCGCUGAGCCCAACGCUCCCGCGCCCCCGCUUCCUGCUUUUGUCUUGGCCAAAUUUGGCAAUCCUUUGUUGGUUGAGACGGCCGCGCUGGUAUUUGAAGAGUUUGCCGCGCAGUUGCGCAGCGUUUCGUCGUCGCCGGUGGGCUAUCGUGAUUCAAAGCCAUUGUUGACGCUCGACGAGUGGGAGAUGGAAGCACCCGAAUCGGUUGCUGCUGCUGCUGUUGGUGCUGCCGCCCCCGCCGACACGCCGCAGCACCUGGCAGAUCUCAAUCUGGGCAUUGACCGGAUUGACCUCGAACUACUGUUUGCUGGUUUGGACUUGUGCCUGCUCCCUUUCACGCAGUCCACCAGCAGCUCCAGCAGCUCCAGCAGCUCCAGCAGCUCCAGCACUACCGGCGCCACCAACCAAGUCCAGCUGCAACAGACCCGCGUGCAACAGCGCACACUUGCAUGUUUGCAGCGCAUUUUGACAGCCGUGCACCAUGCGACAUCUCAUCUGUUGUCGCUCGUUGCGGGCCAAACAUUCCACGACCCGGUUGUCGCUGCCAUUGCUGCCAAGGCAGAGAGCAUUGUCAUUCUGGCAACCCACAAGCUCUACAGUGUUCAAAAGUAUGUGGCUGCAUCGCAACUGCUGAUGCAGUACGACGUGAUGCGCAUGCCGGCGUUCUUCUCGUCGGCAGCCGCGCAGGACGAACAAGAGGUCAUGCAACUGUUGCUCCAACUCACCCGCCGCGCCGGUCGGGCUCGUCCGCCCUUGGUCAAGAACGAUUGGAAGCGUUUGUUGGAGCACCUGCUGCAGCUGCAGCAGACCGUGUUUCCGUUUAUUCCAGUCGAACGUUGCCAUGUUUUGUUUGCGGAGGGCGUGCUCGCAUCAGGCCGAGUUGAGCUGUUUGAUUUGUUGAAAGACGUUCUGACUCGGAAUGAGCACGAGGCGCCGUUACCGUUGCCCUCGUCUCGCUUGGGUUUCGACCAGAGCGAGGCUCUUGUAAUUUCUGCUGCCAAGGAAUACUUCAACGCAUGUGCUUCGCCAAGCGACCCUGGCCUGGCUACAGCUCGCGCUUGCUUGCAGAUCAUAACCUCGCCUUCUGAAGCCGUGCAAGCGGAACACGACUUGCUGGAUGCGAUUGACAUUUUGGCCGAGUUUCAAGUGGCUGCACUUCCCCUCCAAGUUCGCUUGUCCGAAGCGAGAAUGGAGUUUGUCAAGAGCGUGCUGCAUUCUGCGCCACGCGCCUACCGUCAGCCCGACCGUCUAGUUCGGCUCGCGCAGCUUCUCCGCGUUGUGCCCCGUUGGAAUGAAGCUGCCAAGCUGGAAGUGCUGCUUCUGGUUGCCAAGCAAGCGAUGGACGUGGGCGACUACGACCUGGCUGCCAACUUGAGCCUUGGGUUGACCGGAUCGCAGUUACCUGCCGUCUGGCAGCUGUACCUGCAAAUUGGCUCUGCGACGCAAUACCACAACCAUCUCAUCAAAGAGAAGCUCUUGGCUCAUGCUCUCAAUCUCUGCGACGAUUCGUCCAUCGAUUCUGUGUUUGCACAAUGGAGUGUUGUGCGUCAUGCGAUGGAGCAACAACACAUCGUGUCCCCAUCUCGGCUGUUGGAUGCUGCGCCCGGCUCGCCAACAGCCCCCGCCUCCGUAACAGGGCUCCACUCCGAUGACCACGUGCAUGAGCGCUAUUGUGAGAUUCUGCAAGGCUGGUCAUUUGCUCGAAUUGCCAGCGAAAUGACGGUCGCCAAGCACCCCAACGAGCCAGCGCCGGCUCCAAUCCAAGCUAGCCUCACAUCCGUGGACGCCGGCACGGCAUCCGCGUUGCCAGAUCAUUCUCCCCAAGUCUCUGAGAUUGAGGCGAGCAAGCACGCCGAGGCCACGGCGGCCGCUGCUGCCUCUCCUUUGGCGAGCUCACCCACCACGACGUUGGCCACUCCUCCUGUUGAAAGCGACCCCGUCUCUACCUUUAUCACUCAACUCAACCAAGCUGCCACCAUUGCCCAGUUUGUACUGUCGCAGCGCAUCAUGGACGCUGGUCGCCUCAGCGCUCAACUGCUCAAAGUUCCAAUUUCGCGAACUCCAGGCGGCAACCUGAAUAACAUCAAGUUGUUCCUGGAAACAAUCUGCUCUACUGUCGAGUUCCAUCCUGCACGAGCUGGGGCGGAGCAACGCGGGAUUAAUGUUGAUGAGAAUUUGAUGCUUUGUUUGAAGGCGCUUGGUGUCGUCAUGUCCGAGGUGGAAAAGCGCAAGCAAGGUUUGGUUGCGUAGUCCUGUCUGUUUAUGGUCCUUUUUGGACGUUUCUCUUUGUAUUUGGUGUGGUUGCCUUUCGAAAUGCAAACAAAAUUCAUACAAUAUCACACUGCUUCAACAACUGA